UUGAGAGAUGAAUCACUGCUUGAUUUUUUAUUAUAAGAAGGAUCAUCUGUUCAGUUUCCAACUUACUAAAAAUAUGUGCGGCCCGCCAAUGACUUGCAACCCUUAAUUUUGGCCCACAAGCGACAAAAGGUUGCCGACCCCUGCUCUAGACUAGAGUUACAUAUUUGCUAAAAAUUAAUUUGAUAACCGACUUUGAACUUUCUUAUAGCAAUCUGCGUAAAAAUUUGAUACUCAGACUAGUCAAUUAACUUGAAGCAAAUAAAAAAUGAGGACAAUUGAACACCCGACUCUUGUGAUGCUGAUCCUACUUUCGUCCACAGAAGCACGAUAUUUGGGACCAAGAGAUCCAAUGGAAAGCGACAGUUUCCGAAAUCAAGGUGAAGAUUCCAUUUCGAUAUGGAUAUUAUUCGUAGCUGCAUUCGUGUUUGUCGUUAUUUUAUCAGUGUUUCUAAUUUUAUUGACCUUGUACCUGACUCGCAAGAACUGUUGUUGUGAACCAGAUUUAUCAAAACUAGAGUUUCCAGAACGAGGAUUAACACAAGAUCAUAGCACAGAAAGCUUUGCGUUUCGGAGUUCCAUACGCACAUCACGAGCGGAAAGAAUAUUUCAUGAAGAUUACUGCGACGACUCUGAGAUAGUUAAUCUGCACACUGUUACAUAAAAUAUAUUAAUAGCAAAA